UAAACUUUGAUCUCAUUAAGUUUGUUGAAAAUAUCAAUAAACAACAAUAUUCAUGCAUUCAAUUAAACUGUAGUUUGACUAAGUAGGAUCAUAAAAUGAAGAUUUUACCAACAAUACUACUCCUCUUUUUAAUAGAUUUGACGUACCAAUCUUGCAUCUCGCAUCCAGGAGUAACGACAUGCAUGGAACAACCACUAAAUAAAAAUACUCCUUUAAGAAUAGAAAAUUAUCAAAAUUUACUGGAAUUCGGUCAAGGAGAGCUGCAAACUAUCCCAGCUGGAUCUUUUAAGCUUCUAACAGAACUUAAAAUACUAUUUAUAAAAAACAAUAAGGUUAGAAGUAUCGAAAUUGGCUCUUUCGAUGGAUUGUACAACUUGGAAAAGUUAUCCCUUUAUAAUAAUAUGUUGCGAGAAAUACCUGGAGGAGUAUUUAGAGAUUUGAGGAAUUUAAAACAGCUCAAUUUAGGCAUGAACCAAAUUUCUACGCUAUCAGACGAUUCCUUUGUAGGUUUAUUCAACCUAGAAAUAAUUAAUUUAGGUUUCAACAGUUUAUCCUCAAUUCCUGAAGCCCUUAACACUAUUAAAACCUUAAAAAUACUUACAAUUAAUAACAACCAAAUCAAAAAAAUUCCUGCCUAUUCGUUUCAUAACCUAAACAAACUUGAAAUAUUGAAUGUAGCAGACAAUGCUAUAACAGAUAUACAAAAUAGAGCUUUUAAAGGACUUAAUGCUGUCAAGGAUUUGAAUUUGAAGGCUAAUUAUUUAAGUACGUUAAAUACCCAGGAUAUUUUAGAGGAUAUGAAAGGUUUGAUGACUGUCAGCUUGGCGGUAAAUUCUUUUAAGUGUAGCAGUUUGAAGGAUAUUGAUGAAAAUUUGAGAAGAAGAGGAGUCGUCUUGGAAAGGGGUUAUUAUAAUAAACCUGGGAAGACUACGUACAAUGGGAUGGUUUGUACUUUGUAGAUUUAAGAAUAAAUUGUGAAUUAUGA